AGGCGCUGUAGCCAUUUCGCCACAUGAAAGCCCGAUGAGCUGAACAACCAACAUCCGAGUUGUUCGUGGAGAAGAGAAAUCAGCUUUGAGGAGCUCCGCGCGCACACACAGGCGUACACGAACUCGCGCGCAAAGACGCACGGCGCGCAGACACGUACACUUCCUCCUCCUCCUCCUCCUCCGCGGUGGAAAAAAGAGAGAGAGGAACAGAGAGAGAGGGCACACGAAACGCAAACUUCCAACUCUCCCAUGUGGAAAGCGGAGGUUUGAGGAUAAGGUAUAUAUUUUCCUCUUCGGGGCUCCGUUCCUCCCCCCUCUCUCCCUCUCUUUCUCUCUCUCCCUCUCUCUCUCUGUCUCUCUCAGUGUUUUUGCCCCGGAUAGUUGUGUUUCUAUGAGAGUCUUGCUCGGUGAGAAGAGAAGUUUGGUUGUUUGCCUGGUCGGCUGAGGAGGAGGAGGAGGAGGAGAAGAGUCGGGUUAAAAGUGGGGGAAGAUGGUCCGCAACGCCGCUUGGAGAAGAAGCUUGCUGUGCGUCCUGGCGCUCAGUCUUGGCUUUGCGUCCCCGCCGUGCAAUGCUCGGAUUUACACCAACCACUGGGCAGUUAGGAUAGCCGGUGGAGCCGAUUUGGCCGAGCGGAUAGCGGAAAAAUAUGGCUAUAGGAACAUGGGACAGAUUGGGGAUCUCAAAGACCACUAUCACUUCUUCCAUAGUCGGACCAUCAAGAGGUCAACUUUGUCCAGCCGUGGUCGCCAUAGUUUCAUCUCCAUGGAGCCCAAGGUGGAGUGGAUACAGCAGCAGGUGGUGAAGAGGAGGAUCAAGAGGGAUUACAAGCCAGCACCGCCCCUUUCUCUAUCAAGCCCCGCCCACAGCAGCCCGGCCCAGAACAACAUAUUCUUUAACGAUGCCAAGUGGAGCAGUAUGUGGUACAUUCACUGUAAUGACGACGUCCAUAACUGCCAGUCGGACAUGAACAUCAUGGGGGCGUGGAAGAGGGGCUACACGGGUAAAAACGUGGUGGUGACCAUACUAGAUGAUGGCAUUGAGAGGAACCACCCAGACCUCUUUCAGAACUACGACCCUCAAGCCAGCUUCGAUGUCAACGGCAACGAUAUGGAUCCCAUGCCUCGAUAUGACGCAACCAAUGAGAACAAGCACGGGACACGGUGUGCGGGCGAAGUUGCUGCAGCCGCAAACAACUCCCACUGCAUAGUGGGAAUUGCCUAUAAUGCCAGAAUAGGAGGCGUGAGAAUGCUGGAUGGAGAUGUAACAGAUAUGGUGGAGGCCAAGUCUCUGAGCCUCCAGCCACAGCACAUCGACAUCUACAGUGCCAGCUGGGGACCUGAUGAUGAUGGAAAGACUGUGGAUGGACCAGCAUCUCUGGCCAGGCAGGCCUUUGAGAAUGGCAUCCGCAUGGGGAGGAACAACCGUGGCUCCAUCUUUGUUUGGGCUUCAGGCAACGGCGGGCGUAGCAGAGACCACUGCUCCUGUGAUGGCUACACCAACUCCAUCUACACCAUCUCCAUCUCCAGCACAGCCGAGAGUGGACGCAAGCCGUGGUACCUGGAGGAAUGCUCAUCCACACUGACCACCACCUACAGCAGCGGGGAGAACUACGACCGAAAGAUUAUCACAACAGACCUGAGACAUCGGUGUACAGACAGCCACACAGGGACAUCGGCCUCUGCUCCCAUGGCUGCUGCCAUUAUUGCUCUGGCCCUGGAGGCAAAUCCUCUUCUAACAUGGAGAGAUGUUCAGCACAUCAUUGUAAAGACCUCUAGAGCCGGACAUCUCAGUGCCCCUGACUGGAAGACCAAUGCUGCUGGUUACAAUGUCAGCCAUCUGUAUGGUUUUGGUCUGAUGGAUGCUGAGGCGAUGGUGAAGGAGGCGGAGCGAUGGAAGACGGUCCCUUCUCAGCACGUCUGUGUGGAGAGUGCAGACCGACAAAUCAGAACUAUCCGUCCAGAGCAUGUGGUCCGGUCAGUGUACAAGGCGACAGGAUGCACUGACAACCCUAACCACCAUGUGAUCUACCUGGAGCAUGUGGUUGUACGCAUAACAAUCACACACCCUCGCCGUGGGGACCUGUCAAUCAACCUGACCUCACCCUCAGGGACUAAGUCUCAGCUGCUUGCCAACAGGUUGUUUGAUCACUCCAUGGAGGGUUUUAAGAACUGGGAGUUUAUGACCACCCACUGCUGGGGAGAAAAGGCAGCAGGUGACUGGGUCCUAGAGAUCUAUGAUUCACCUUCUCAACUCCGCAGCCAGAAAGUGCCCGGCAAGCUAAAGGAGUGGUCACUGGUGCUGUAUGGCACCUCUGUGCACCCGUACUCCUCUCUACGCAGCGAUAAGCCACGCUCCGCAGACUCAUUCACUGAUAUCCCCAGUUAUGAGUACGACGAUACCUCUGUGUCUCCAGGAGCCUGUGACUCUGAAUGCAGUGAUAAUCGCUGUGACGGUCCUGGACCUCAUCAAUGCAUCAACUGCCUCCACUACUUCCUCAAAUUCAAGAACAACACCAGGAUGUGCGUGUCAGAGUGCCCCAGUGGCUUUUUCCGUGACGACAGGAAGCGCUGCAAGAAGUGCUCCUCGUUGUGUGAGACCUGCGUUGGUAGCCGUAGCGACCAGUGCACCACAUGCAGGACUGGUUUCCACCUUAGCGAGGGCUCCAACACUUGUGUCGCCAACUGUGCCGACGGUUUCUACCUCGACCAUGAUUCCAACAUUUGCAGGAGAUGUCCAGAGAACUGUAGGAGGUGCACCACCUCCAAUAUCUGCACAGAAUGCAAACCAGGGAUGAGUCUUCAAGGAAACAAGUGUCAGAUGACCUGUGACCCAGGGACUUAUUACAAUGGCCAUAGAAGGACUUGUGAACCCUGUCAUCGGGCCUGUGCCACCUGCGCAGGCACAGGAAUUGAGGCGUGCACUAAGUGUGCAGAUGGCUACUUCCUUGAGGACUGGCGGUGUGUGUUAACAUGCAGCAAUAGCUACUACCUGUCAGAGCAGACCUCAGACAAUGGCCAGGUGCAAAGGGCCUGUAAGAAGUGUGACCAUAGCUGCUACGAGUGCUUGGGGCCCGGUGAUAGAAACUGCAGCAGCUGUGUCAGUGGUUACAAUCUGGAGGCAGGAGCUUGCGUGGUCAGCACCAUCUGCAAAGAUGCAAAUGAAGAAUCUUGGGCGGAAGGCAGUUUCUGCGUGCUCGUUAAAAAGAACAAUCUUUGCCAGAGGAAAGUGCUGCAGCACCUGUGCUGCAGAACGUGCUCGCAAAAGGGGUGACGGGACGUACUCACUGGGCGUAAAGGGAGUGCGGGGGGGAUGUGGGGGCACAGGGGGCACCCCUCCUUCUCAAACCCCCUGCCCACUCAUUCACAGUCACAUAAUUUAUAAGAGAAUCUGUGCCUCUUAAAGGGACUGCAUCGGAGGUGCGAUGACAGGACUACAACAAACCUACCUUUUUUCUGUACUGGGACACACACACGUGGUCAGGGUGUAAAAUGACUGGGACUUAUUUCAAGAGCAAACGAAAACAAACAAAAGAAUAAAAGUGUCGGUAUUUUGUGACCAAAGCAUCGAUGCCAAAAUAAUUGAACCUUCUUUUUUGUUGCCAGUGUAGGAAGCAUAGCUUAAAACAGGAGCCACUCAGCCUGUGAAUCUCUGAAUAAGUCUGUGUGCAUUUUUAUUUUGGCUCCUCUUCCUCCUCUCUUUCCAGUGUUAACGAUAAACAGAUGGAAAGUGAACAUACAGUAGGAAAGGCCCUGGUUUUCUGCCUGUAAAUAUACGUCAAAGGAAAAAAAAAGAAGCUCACUCAGUAAUGUGAAAAUAAUGUCUGUCUGGGCUGACUUUGGCUGUUUAGGGGAGGGAAGACAAAUUCACACACACGCAGUUCUAUACACUCACACACAGACGUAAGAUAUAUAUGUACCACACACAUACGCUUAUAAACAUGAACUCAGACACAUAAAUCAGCCACCACUUGAAGUUAGAUGCUACAGUGUCACCGUAUCCCAAGACUGAUGCACGUUACUGACCAAAAUCACCUCAUUUCAUUUAUUUAAAAAAUAUAAAUCUUCCCUCUGAAUAGUGUGUGUGUUUCUUUAUUGGUGUGUAUAGGAGAAUGCCAUUAAUUCUUAAUGUAAGCCCAGACAGCAUUGAUUCAUUCCAGAGGUACUACAAGACAAGUCGAUAGUCAUUCCUUCUGGAGCUUUCUGCAGGGAAGGAAACGCUGCAGUGAGUUAUAAUAAAUUUGUGGUACUAGGGAUGCACCGAUGCCCAUUUUUCACCCAUGAUGCAGAUUCGGGAGACUAAACUUUUGCCCAAAACUGAGUAUUGAUUCCAUCCAUUACUGUGACUGAACAAUUUAAAAAACGCCACCAUUACUUUGUUGUCACUGGAUAAAAUCAUUUAAAUAUAACUCAUAUUUGUUACAGGAAAUUUUUUUCUGUGUUGGUUUGGUUUUCCACGUGCCAUAUGUAACCCAGAUAAAGGGAAUUUUGUCCAGUAAUUAUAUUUAAUCUGUAUCGGUGCAUCCCUACAUGUUACUGUUCUCAAAUAAAAUAGAGUUUUAGAUGUUUCUACUCUUCGUCAUUCCAUUGUAAUGGAAAUGCAUAUCAACUGAAGUAUUUCUCUACUCUUUCAACACAGAAGGUUAAUGAUCGGCACAGUCAUUUUCAUGUUUUAUCUGCAGGUAAAGGUCUCUGACAGGCAGACAGACAGCAAACCGUUGUGGUGCAGAUCAGAGGUGUGACAGUUUUGCUUUCAGUUGUAUCAGAGAAAGGGAUUUUGUUCAAAAGUUUAAUAUAGAAACACAUUUGGCAGUAGAAAUUUGUGUUCAAUCAACCCAAGUAAAAUCGGCAAACACAAUGAGGCAAUCAAUUGUUUUUUUUUCUGUUCACAUUAUUAUUGUUAGAACUGAAAGUGAACAGACAUAAACACUGCAGAACCAGGAGUGUGUCAAAUAUUAAAUCACAUUGAGCCAAAACUGUACUUGUGUUGAGGCCGACAGACUUCUGAUGUCUGGUUUCUCCUCCUGUCUGUCUUUGAACCUUACCUGAUGAAACUCAAAGGUUAUUCUGGUGGUGCUGGUUUCUGAUAAACAACAGCAAAUAUAAUGUUUAAGAUUCUUAUUCUAUUUGUGUGGGUUUUCAAACCUGCAGCUUGAGCAUUUACAGUAUUAGAUGAAUUGUUGUACUGUCAACUGGUUAUGGUUCUUGAUUUGUAAUAAAGAUUGAUGACUCCCCUGUUUUGGUUAACAAAAACUUAUUCUUGGUCAUUGUUUAAGAUGACUUGAAUUGACUUUAGAUUGUGUGGUUGUAGACGCACACACACACACCCCUCUUAUAAAAGCUGUUUUUAUUGUGUACCUGUGACAUAUCUGUGACAAUGCAUUAUUAAUGUUACUCAAAGUCCUAGUUUUGAAAAUCUUUUUUUUUUACUUAAGUGUUCUUAUUAAAAUGUUUAAUCUGUU